GCCCUAGAGCAAAAAUCCCCGCAAAUUCCCCUCCCCGAAACCUCCUCCACCGAGCCACUCCUCCACCCUCCGCCGCCCACCGCUGCGAGCCUGCGGCGAGGGACGGCACGCCGGAGCGCCGGUACGAUCGACCGACCUCGACGGCCUGCUACUGGUGACACUGCAUAACAAUUAUUUCUUCCAGAGAAAAAAAUGGAGCCAUGAAUCAUAAACAGUUCACAGGGAUGGCAUGGUGUUGCUGUGGGGUUUCAUGUGCACACCAGAUCUUGCCCAUCGACACCUACUAUCUCGUGCAAUUCUUUGAUGACAGCCAACUGCAGAAGCCACAUAUCUACUUUCCCAAGAAAGUUGAUACGCGUAGAGGAUAAAGAAUAGUGCUCCACUCUAAAGCGACACUAGAAUAUGAUCGAAUGCAAUAGAGAAGAGGCCGUAAGGGCCAGGGAAAUUGCUGUAAAGAUGAUGGAAAAUAAAGAUUUUGUUGGUGCAGAGAAGAUUGUACUUAAAGCUCAAAAGCUUUUUCCAGAGCUUGAAAAUGCAUCUCAGCUGUUAACCAUCUGCAGUGUGCACUGCGCAUCAGAGUUAAGGGUGAACGGAGAGAUAGAUUUCUAUGGAAUCCUUCGAGUGGAGGAAGGAGCGGAUGAAGCCUUGAUAAGAAAGCAGUACCGCAAGCUUGCAUUUUCACUCCAUCCUGAUAAAAAUUGUUUCGUGGGUGCUGAAGCAGCUUUCAAGUUGGUUGCUGAAGCUCAUUCUGUACUAUGUGAUCCCACAAAACGAUCUCAGUAUGAUCUGAAAAGGAAGAAUGGAUUUAGAAAUGUGCCAAAGCCAGCUAAACAGCAGUCAUCAAAGAAGACUGAAUCAAAUAAACGGAGCAGGCCUGGACCUGGCGAAGCAUUUUGGACCAUAUGCCCACAUUGUCAGAUGCGAUUCCAGUACCUCAUCAACAUCUUGAACACCAUGGUCCUCUGUAUGAGCUGCAGAAGGAAUUUUUUUGCAUACAAUCUGUAUGAGCAGCCCAUACCCACUUCAUCAAGUGUACCCAAUGGCUCCCAUGUUCCUGCAAACAUGUUUCCUAAACAGCAUGAUAGUCAUGGUCAACAAGGUCACCCUGUGAAGCCUUCAUGUGCAGGUAGAGACACCAAUGUGAAGCCAAAUGGUUCCCAAGACCCUUCAUGCAUGUUUCCAAAUCAACAGCGUGGAGUUCCCUGUCAAAACGCUCAUCCUGUGAAGCCUUCUGCUGGUGGAGACACAGAUGUGAACCUGAGGAUGAAUGUGUCCCAGUACCAACAUGAUGAACACAUGGAAGGGUAUAGCAAGCCAGGUUGUCAUAAGAAGGCUAAUCAACCGGAUAUAUCAAGGGGGCAAUUUCAAUAUUCAACACUGAAACAAGAUAAAUAUUCUGUCCUAUCUGAAAAUGGGAAUACACAGGGAAGGUCAAUGCCAGAUUCUGCUGAUCCAAACAUUGUCAACAAACAAAAGUCGGUUAGAGAAGGUGCAUCAGCGGAGCCAGAUGCCACGAAUGUGCCUUGUUCUGCAAAACUUUCUUCUGUAGGUGGAAAAACAGAUGGGAAUCCAAGGAUAAAUGUGGCUGGCAGAAGAUCAAUGCCAGAUUCUGUUGAUCCAAACAUCACUGACAGAAGGAACUUGGAUAAAGAAGAUGCAUCUACAGUACCUAGUGCUGCAGGAUCCUCUGGUACCCGAAGGUCAGGUAGGAGGAAGCAAGAUGCUGAUGGAAAUAUUUUCCUGAACAUAGAUACCAAAAAGAGGCAGAGGAAGAAUGAUUUGCCAUGUAAUGUUGGGCCAUCAGAUCCACCUCAUGUCUCCAGCAAUGUUGGCAUCCAAGAGACGGAAAAAGCUACGGAUACAGGUGAUCAGGGAAAUUUCAAGGAAGCAGCUCCUGAAACUGAUAUAAAUGAUCAACAGAAUAUCAAGGAUGAAGCUCCUGAAACUGCGGACCGAAAGAAACCUUCCUAUUCUGAGUUGGUAACCUUUCCUGAUCCAGAUAUCUUCAAUUUUGAGCAGUUCAGGGAUAUCAAUCUGUUUGCAGUUGGUCAGAUAUGGGCCUUUUAUGAUAAUCUUGAUGGCAUGCCAAGGUAUUAUGCUCGAAUAAAGAAAUUUGAUGCCUCCAACUUCAAAGUGCAUUUGACUUGGCUGGAGUACGAUGCGAUGGAUGAAGCUGAAGAGAAUUGGACCAGUGAAGAACUGCCUACUGCCUGUGGAAACUUUUGCCUUGGGAAAGGAAGUGAUGUAACGCAUGACAGGUCCAUGUUUUCUCACAUUGCUACAUGGACGAAAGGUAAAAAAAGGAAUUCAUAUGUCAUAUAUCCUAAUAAGGGUGAGGUGUGGGCUCUUUACAAGGGCUGGAGCAUGGAAUGGAGCUCUGAUGCAGAUAACCAUAGAUCAUAUGAGUACGAGGUUGUGGAAAUCCUAUCAAAUAUGUCAGUCAGUGAUGGUGCCACUGUUAUCCCACUGGUCAGGAUCAAGGGAUUUGUCAGUUUAUUUGCGACAGCUAAGGAUAAAUCUUCGUUUGUGAUACCAUCGAGUGAGCUUCUCAGAUUUUCUCAUAGCAUACCCUUUUAUCGGACAAAAGGAAAUGAAAACGUUGGUGUCCCAGGAGGAUUUCUGGAACUUGACAAUGCAUGUCUCCCUGCUGACCUGGAUGCGGCAUUUUCUUCUGUUACUCUUGACUCUUACAUGUCUCCUGGCAAGAAAGAAAGCAGCACAUUUGUUGAUAUGACCACUGACAAUACAAGCCAUAGAACGGAUCCUGGAGAUGAGCAAAUUGCUCAGGAGAAUCACUCUGAAGCACAUGGUUGCCACCCGAUGUCUACAGAUAAUCAUAAAGAUAUGUCUCCUGAACAAAAUACAACCUCCAAGAAAACUGCCGGUGAUGCCAAUAAAUUUGGUGAUUUCUCUCUGCAAAACAACAUUUCCCCCACCGUAUAUACAUAUCCUGAUUCAGAUUUCCACAGCUUUGAAGAAGGUCGCUCCUGUGAGAAGUUUGCACGCGGACAAAUAUGGGCCUUGUUCAGUGAUGCUGAUAAAUUCCCCAAGUUUUAUGCCUGGGUAAGAAAAGUUGAGCAAGAACCUUUCAGGGUGUCAUUGGUCUGGCUUGAGGCCUGCCCUGAACAUGAGCAGGAGAGGCAGUGGUUGGAGCAGGACAUACCCAUCAGCUGCGGCACAUUCAGGGUUCGAACCUGGAGAGCAACAUACAACACAAACGAAACCUUCUCUCAUCAAGUAUGCGCCAGAGAUACCAGCAGGAAGUGUGAGGUCACAAUCCUCCCGGAAUUAGGUGACAUCUGGGCUGUCUACAUGAACUGGGCGUCUGAUUGGGUUCCAUCCAGUGCUGGGGCUUGUGAUCUCGCGAUCUGCAAGGUCAUCGAGCGCACUGAAGCCAACACACAGCUCAUCUUCCUGACCCUGGUCAGCGGGUACCGAUCCGUGUUCAGAUACGACAUGCAAAAAGGCAUCCUGGAGGUACCUGCCAGGGAGAGGCUGAGGUUCUCCCACCAGAUUCCCGCGAUCUGCCUGACAGAAGAGCAAGGCGGCAAGCUCCGGGGCUUCUACGAGCUCGACCCUGCCUCUGUCCCUGACUCCUUCCUGUACAGGGACACCUGACGGACAACGACGACCACUACUAUCUGCAAAUGUUGCAGAGAACUCUGAAGUAGUUUAACCCAAGCAAGACCCGCAUUAGAAUUAUUUUGUCUCAAGAGUUCGGCUGCCAAUUAAUUGGAUGUAUAUAUGCUCGGUAGCUUAGCCUUACCAAAACACGGAUAUGUUUUAUGGAGAGGUCUGGUUCUCUUGUAGGGUGGGAUCUGGUAGCAAGAGCAAACCAUCUGUGUGCUGGUGCUUGUUAGUGCCACCAGGUCUGGUCACCUGUGGUGGUGGGUAAUCACAUUGUGCUGCGAUCGGUGAAAGUAACGCUGAUUCGCCAGGCUGCUCACAUGACAUGUUCAAGGGUUAAAAACUAAUUAUUAUGAUGCUAGCGUGGAACUUAUAUUUCUUUCUA